AUCCUACUCGGACCACCGCCCGAAUCCUCUUCGCCUCCCACCUCCAAACUCCUCAAAUUUCCUCUCUCUUCCUGUUUCUGCCUGAUCUCGAGUUCUGAUUUCACCAGCCCACUUUUUGAAUGACGACGUGAUCUCCCUCUUCUCUUCUCCUUCAUCCCUCCUCUCCUCUCUCUCCUCUUCCUGCCCCGCAAAAAGUGCCCAACGCGCCUCGUCGUCGACUUUGCCGCCCGAAGAGAGAAUAAAGCGAAUAGAUUUCGCCCAAGAUGAAGUCGAUGAAGGGCCUUAGCAUGAAUAAGAUGCUGGGGAGCAUCAGGAAAAAGACUGUUGGCUCUGAUCGUUCCACUGCGACGACUCCAGGAGCUACGCCAGAAGUCACGGCCCACAACAGCGUGAAAGCAUUCUGCGAGUCUGGCGGAAGCUUAAAGAAUGACGAAGUGCUCUUCCUCCCCCCAAUCGUCGAUGCGGCCGAAUCCUCGCCCACCGCCGCUGCCGAGAGCGCACGCAUAAUCCGAAAGUACUUGGCCAAGGAGUACUCCUCGCGGCCGUCAUGGCAGUACAACGCCAUCAUGCUGAUGCGGAUCCUGGCCGACAACCCUGGAGAGACGUUUACGAGGAACAUGGACGCCAAGUUUGUCGACACGGCGAGGGCGCUGCUCAAGGGCACAAAGGACAACAACGUGCGCCAGAUUCUGAUGGACACGCUGGAGGAGUUUGAGCGCGCCAAGUUUUACGACACGAAUCUGACGCUCAUCAUAAGCAUGUGGCAAGAGGAGAAGGACAAGGCAGUUGAGAAGCACGGGAGCCGAGCACCUGCAUUGCCUGUGCGUCCCACGCAGUCUUUGGCGCCUGACUCUUUCAGCAACGGACAAUCGCAGAAUUACUUCUCCAGGCACCACAACAACAACCGGCUGCCAGAGCCCGCCGAGCUGGCCAGCAGGCUGCAAGAGGCGCGCGAGUCUGCAAAACUGCUAGAACAGCUUGUGAUGAACACGCCGGCCGUGGAGAUCCUUGGCAAUGAACUAAUCCGAGAGUUUUCAAACCGAUGUCUGAGCGCUUCCAGGAGCAUCCAGGGCUACAUGGUGUCGUCCAACCCCGCGCCUGACAACGACACCAUGGAGAGCCUCAUUGACACCAAUGAGCAGCUGCAGACCGCGCUGAGCCAGCACCAGCGUGCCAUGCUCAGCGCUCGAAAGCAGCUGGGCCUCAACGGAUCCGAAAACCCGUCUCCUGCUCCUGAACAGCAGUCGCUCCACGGCUCAGGCGGCUCCAACGGCGUUCAGGGUUGGCAGCCCCCCAAUGCUGCGGCAUCAUCAUCCAACUCCAGUCAGCCACCUGUUUCCAAUGCGUUUAGCGGCAACAGCAACGGCAAUGGCAAUGGCGGCGGCAGCGGUAGUGGAAGCAGCAGCAAUAAAGGCAAGGGCAAAGAUUCGGAUCUCUACAGCCCUCCAUCUCCUUCGUUGGACCCGGGCCGUGGCAGGGCGCCGCCGCCUGAUCCGGUGUCUCCCGUAGAAAACCCAUUCAGCGACCCUCCACAGCCGUCGAGCUCGAACGGUCAGCUUGCAGUCCCCUUUGACGGACCUUUCCAACCAGGCUUCGGGUUGAAACACCACCAAGACGGCUCAUCAACACAUGGCACUACUGGGUCUGGACACGCUUCUGAGAGCCAUUCAACGCGCGUUAUAAACCCUGACUACCAGGUUUCGGACGAUGAAGACCUUUACUCCUCGGCUCCCAGGAGCAGCAAGGAACCCAUGUAUCGGUACUAGACAAACAGAAGGAACAGCGACAGCGAAGAAGGAGAAGUAUUUCAGCACGAAGGCCAUGAAUAUGGGUAAAUUCAAGAUCAAAAUUCAAGGUUAAAUGGAUCGUCUUUUGGAAGACGGGGCGGAGUUUUUCUUUUCGUUGAUCAUUAUUAUCAUUAUAUUAUUAUUGCCACAUGUUUGGCUGCUUAGAGAUGUUGGAUGGUUCGGCCCAAGGUGUUGCGUUCUCGCAAUAGCUCGCUAUUUCUGCAAUUUCUUUUCUUUUCUUUUUGUUCAUCUUUUAUUACAGCGGAAUACCACCUUGUCGUUACGCAGGCAUGAGAGCAAAUGGGGUUUCAAAGUCAGAGAUAUCAUUUUCGUCCGUCAUGUAUAUGUGCAGUUGAUACAAUCUACGUUUUAUGCAAGUGUAUUUGGCUUGGG